AUGUCGCAGUUGAUGCCCACUAUUCAAAUCAUAAAUGGACAGCCUGUGUUGCAAGCUAAAGUUCAGCACGUGGUGACGUCAAACGGUCCGAUGACGGUCGCCGUGUUGCCUGCCGACAUCGGCAACUUCCUGCGGCCUUUCCUGCAGCAGCAGCACCCUCAGCUGCAGUUUCCUUCGUUGCAGUCUUCUUCGCCGGCGGUAAACCCGUUUUUGAUCAAUAUGCCCAACCAUGUGUUGUCCAUGGACAAGGAGCAGAUGAUGGCGGCAGCGACGGUGGCGACUAACCACAAGAAGGCAACGAAGCGCCAGCGUUCGAAACGGCCUGAACAACUAACCGCGGAUUGUAGUGAUCCUUCUGAACUGAAGAUCAAGGCCUUUCCACGCAUUCAGCCGAAACUGAUCGAGCCGUUGCGUGGCCAGUUCCUGUGUUCGGUCGAAAGUCCGUCGUUCAUCGUGUCAUCAUUGGCUGCCGCCCAGAUGUCACCGCCACCUGCGGCGCCAGCGUCGCAGAAGCAGAUCACCAUUCGGCUGAAUGACGAGGAGCAGCGCAGCGUCGAGUCGUUGUCCGAACAGAUCGCAAGGUUGUCUGCGUUACCGUCACUGUCGUCAGGCCAAGAAGAACUGCUGCGGGUACUGGAGCAAAAGCGGCGAUCAUUGCUUGAACAAGCUGCACUGAAGCAGAUGAAGGUGAAUGCGGUCAACGCAGCGCUGGCACAGCAGAAGCAGCAGCAAGUCCAGGCUCAGGCUCAGGCAGCUUUCGUUCGUUCUCAAGGCUUCAAUGGUGCCACCAUAGCGUCGAACAACAACUUCGUGCCAUCCGUCCCUCUACCUCUCUUGUCCGGUUCUAGCAUUCCGCAGCAGCAGCUCGUUCACAUAAAUGGAACCCCAUUUUUGCUUGUACAGCAGCCGAAAACGACGAACACCACGUUGCUGGGCGGCGAAAUUUGUGAGGCAAAGGUUGCCAGACACAUUCCCGCUUCGUCACGAACUUCGUCUAAGGGCGGACAUCAGCCGUCGAAGCGCCUUUCAAAAACUCGAUCUCGUAUCGAAGUGCCGAACAACAGUGCGUCACAGAGAUGUGCCGGGUCGGCAGAUUUAGCCACUAGGCUUAUGGCGACCCUACAUUUGACUAACAUUAGACGACAGCUGGUCAACGAGCAGACUGCCGUUGUUCAUCCUAACUGCAAAACACCAUUUGCAGACCUGAACGACGCCGUCACUCGACUGCUGCCUUACCACAUUUAUUCUGAUCCGGACUACAGUGCAGAUCUUCUUCAGCACGUUGACACUCUAUUCCAGAAGAAGGCAGCAGACCUGAUAGAUGGACAGAAGAUCCUUUACCGAAGGCUUCAAAGUAUCCUUCUCAAGCGGGCAGCGGUCGAAGUGCCGAACGAAGAACAGGCUUUGAUAGAUCAGCUUCUAUCCAGUAAUGAAGCGGAGCUGCUGAAUGCCGAGAAAGAACUGCUGUCCAGCAACCCUGACGAUUUUUACCGAAUGUGUGAAAAGUGGAAAAAUGAUCUUGAAUGUAAGCGAGCACGACAUUCGCCUUCUUCGCCUCUGGGCGUCAUUCACACACCGAAUAACCCAUGCUGUUGCUCGCCUACGCCUACAGUUUCUCAGGAUGGCGAGAGGAUGUCAUCGCCGAUGGUAGUUGAAUCCAUCGUUUCCUGUGUCAGAAGCCCUAGAACCGUUUCCGAAAGGGAUCCGCUCGAGACCAUUCACGGUGAGGUUUCGACGGUAGUCGUCACCUAUGAGACGUCGUCACAUUCGCGGUCGCAUUUGGGCCAGACGAUGGCACCGGUCAGUGCGGCUGGCGGCGUUAAAGCUUCAGAUAACAAUCUGACGCUGCCUGACCUUACUUUGUCUCCAAGCGCAGACGUUUCUGCCGUGUCUACGGAGGAAAAGGUUUCGAAAGAGGCAAAUGUCUGCGUUGGUGUAGGGAAAAAUUUGAAGCUGGUUUUGAAGCUGAAUAAUCGUCGUCAGUACACUGUUCAGUCAAAAGCAACGAAAUGCGACGACGAAAGCAUUCACAAGGAGUGCGAUGACGUACCUAUGGAAAAGGACCCCGCUUCGCCUCGCGUUCCGCCAUUGCGACUGCGGCUCACCUCGCUCACUAACAAUGAUCUAGACAGUUGCGAGUCUGUUUUCGAUUCGUCGUCAGGAAGCGAUCCCGAGUGCAGCUCGCUGAGCACCGAUCACUGGCGGAUUCAGGAACUGGAACUAGCGGAAGCGGGUUUAUGCGACCGAAGGUCUGACGAGUAG